CCGUUUCCCCACCGCGGCCGGUACGGGGCUCCGGUGGAAACGCGCGGGCGGGGCUCCCCGUGUGAGGGAAGGUGCACCGGCCGAGGGCUCUCUUAAUUCACUUAUUUUCAUCAUAGCCUGGCAAUUGCUAGGGUCCAGACAUGUACGGUUUUUUUGUGGAAUAAAGCGGCAGCCUGUGCAAGAAAGGUGUUGAGUCCAUGAAAGAAAUGGCAGGACGGGGCGGGGAGGAGGCAGUAACAAAUUCAUCCCGGGAGAAACCGAGAUGAAGGGGGUUUGCCCUUCCUGAGAUCUGAGCUGGUGAGGUAACGGGUGCGUUGCUGCCCCUUUAUCAGCAUUAUCCCUUUAAAAUUGUUUCUCCCGCUGCUGUCGUCGCAUUUCUGUGGAGAUGUGUGUCAAAAAUAAAGAAAAAAAGUACACUCCUAACAUCGUUGUGAUUUCAGUAAAUAGCAAGAUUGCCUUCCCUGCCUUAGAGAAAGAACAUGCUUGAAGAACUAUUAAUUCAUAAGCCAGAUGAUCCCAUACAGUAUAUGAUAGACCAUUUAAAGCAAAACAACGAUGAUGCUCCACGAAUUUGUGUACUUGGUCCACCUGCUUCUGGGAAAACUACAGUUGCAAUGUGGCUUUGUAAACGUUUGGAUGCCAUACGUAUCUCUCAGGAGACUUUGUUAUUCAAGGAAAUAUUAGAGCUAACAAAGGAAGCAAAAGCAUAUAAAGAAAGAAAACAGAAAAUUCCCAACGCGCUUUGGGCCAAUCUGAUCCAGGAACGUCUGUCAAACGUGGACUGCAUCAAACAAGGAUGGAUUUUGGAAGGCUUCCCUGAAAAUCAGGAACAGGCAUGGAUGCUGCAAUCAUCUGGCAUCAUUCCUAGGCAUGUUGUUGUGCUUUAUGCUUCAGACACUGUGCUGAUUGAGAGGAACAGUGGGAAAAGGCUUGAUCCCCUCACAGAAGAGGUGUACCAUACGACGUUUGACUGGCCAAGUGAUCUGCUGGUACAGCAACGUUUGGUGAAACCAGAAGAUCUAUCUGAACAGGAGAUAUCAAAGAAACUGCUGGAAUAUCACAGAAACUUCCCUGGGGUUUUCCAGACCUACCAAAAAGUUUUGAAAUCAAUCAAUGCAGACCAGCCUUCCAUGGAUGUCCUCUCACAGGUUCUUACCUAUGUCCAAACAAGGCACCGAUCAGCCGCCCCCUUUACACCACGGAUUCUCUUUUGUGGACCCCCAGGCAGUGGGAAGAGCCUGCAGGCAGCACUAAUAGCUCAGAAAUACGGUAUUGUCAACAUUUGCUGUGGGCAACUGCUAAAGGAAGCUGUUGCAGAGAAGACAAAACUUGGAGAACUCGUUAAGCCUUAUAUUGACAAUGGAUACCCAGUCCCAGACAGCCUUGUUAUGAAGAUCCUGACAUCACGCCUAAACGCACUAGACUGCAUGACCAGUGGUUGGGUGCUUUGUGGCUUCCCAAGAGACAUAGAGCAAGGAGAAGAGCUGCAAAAAUCACAUAUUAUUCCAAACAGGGUAUUUUUCUUUAAUCUCCCCUAUGAAUCCAUCUUGGAACGACUGUCUCAGCGGAGGAUUGAUCCCGUCACUGGGGAAAGAUACCACACUACUUUCAGACCAGCACCCACACCGGAGAUCCAAGCCCGUCUCAGGCAGAACCCUAGGGACAAGGAAGAAAAUAUUGAGAAGCACGUGGAAACCUAUUACAGAAAUGUCAAGGAACUGGAGGAUUUUUAUGAAGAUGCCUUUUAUGUCAAUGCUGACCAAGACCCUCAUGCUGUCUUUGAGUUUAUAGAAAGCUGUAUCAUUAAGCCCCUUCCAUGCAAAAAAAUUAAAAGCUAAUAAUUAAUAAGGUUGAUAUCUGGAACAGUUAAUUUUAAACUUUUCCUUGUAAUGUUUGCAGUCCAGUCACUGAAGUGGCAGGUUGUCACAAGUGAAGAGGAAGUCAGCCAAGCUGUAUUUAAUUUAAAGCUCACUGAGUCUGAGUGAAGUACAGAGAGCAAGAUAUCGUGCUUUAGGGGAAAUUUUUUCAGCUUUUGUUUUGUGAUCCAAGGUAUGAAGCACUGUGGCUAGAGAAGUUCCUGUGUUUGAUUCAAAUAUCUUUUUCUGAUCUGUGAUUCAGUGAAUAGUAGUUUUGUCUGAACUAUGUAAUACCCGUGAAGCCAACAUGGAGAAUUAAAGCAA